UAUGUCGAAUACAGCACGGCCGAGUCUUUUGUUCUACGCGCUAGCCGUGGUUUAAACACAAUUCAAUCUUUUGUAAGAGGGAUAAUUUAUUUUUAAAGGCGCUAAAAUAAAUCAACACUUCAACUAAGAUUUGUUAAGGCCAUCUGUCACACAGUUCAUACAAGGGUAUUUAGGAACAUCAUGGACGGUGCAAACUUUACGGCGCAGCGUUUGAUGAUCUUGCUUUUUAGUGUCAUCGUUUUUUCAGCGACCCAAGCAGAUCGCCACGAGUGUGCUCGAGUUUGUCAGCGAAAUGUCCACAAGACCUGCGAGUACAAUUUCACCGUCGAGUGGUAUCUUACGCUAUCCAAGGCUUGCUAUGACUGUCCAUUCAACCUGACGGACUGCCACCGCCCCCAUUGUAUCGCCGCUGAUGGACAUAUGCGAGCUGUCAUUGCGGUCAAUAGACAGAUUCCAGGGCCAAUGAUAGAGGUUUGUGAGGGUGAUACCUUGGUGGUGAAUGUAAAGAAUGAACUUGAGGACGGUGAAAGUACAGUGAUACAUUGGCACGGCAUCCACCAGAUGGGGACACCGUACAUGGACGGAGUCAGUAUGAUAACACAGUGCCCCAUUCCACAGUUCACAACAUUCAGGUACACGUUUAAAGCCAGCCCAGCUGGGACCCAUUUCUACCAUUCUCACGUUGGCUCGCAGAUCGCGGACGGCCUGUAUGGUGCGUUAAUAGUUCGCAAACCAUCAGAAGAUGAACCACAUAGGACCCUGUACGACGAGGAUCUCCCUAGUCACGUGGUCCAGCUGGCAGACUGGUUUCCAGAGCCAUCAAAUGCACGUUUUGUCCAUUUGAUGCAUCACAA